GAUUUUUAAUACCAUUUAGUGCGUAGUUGAAGAGAUAACGACGUGUUUAUUUUAUAAGCAGGGCUUAUCAAUGCUUAAGAAAUUAGUUUGGAAAUAAUGAGCUUUCAUAUUAAGCUGGAACGUUACAGUGUGCAACAGGACGAGAACUAGCCGUGCCGAGGCAGAACUUUUCUAUAGCAAUUUGACGAUGUUUCUAUUAUAGUUUAUCAGAUAGUAGCGGAUCAGAAAAGAAUAGAUGGCAAGGAAAGCUGCGACAAAUCUAAAGGAUCUGAAGAACAUAGCGAGGCCAGUGGCACAGGUCAAAAUGCAAACGAUGAUACAUCAUGUAAGUCUGCUAACAGAAAUCUAGAAACAACUGCGGCCACUGAAGGUGGAACCGAAGAAAGUGUUUCUACUACAGUAGAUAAAGAAGACAGCAGGAAGAAAAGAGACAAUGAACAACAAACUGAAGAUUUUAUACUGCUGCACACAAGUUUUGUACGGAUGAUGUUUAGGUGUGACGUGGAACACGAAAACGUCCUAGCUAUAUCAAUGAAAAGAGAAGGGUUUGAAGAAUUACUGCGUGCUUAUGUAAAGGAUAUAAAGAGCAAUCGACCAAUAGGUGAAGUUAAGGUGAAAUGGAAUUCCGACAGGUCUGUGAUGGGGGAAAGGUUAGUAAGGUCCGUUCCGGAGAUAAGAAUUCGAGGAGACAUGUUGCAACAUUUCAAAAAUAUUUGGACACUUCGUGUAAAAGACAUUUCGGGAUAUGUUGAAAACCAAAAAUGGCUCAUCGGAACAAGUGAUGCAGAAAGUAGUUGGACACCUAAAGAGAGUGUCAACAGAACUGAAUUAGCACAUGUAUGCAGCAAAUUGCCUGCAGGAGUGUACUAUCGUGUGAACACUUUUGAAUUACAUCUAGCACAUAGCCAUCCGAGGGAAGCUAUUUUAUACCUGUUUGGUGCCUUUAAUCCAACACAUAUGGGUCACGUUCAAGCACUUGUGGAAAGUAAACGCUGGCUGAAGACUACGGGAAACUAUCACGUAUGUGCUAUCAGAAUCGCAAUAACUUCCAGUAGUAACCUAUAUGAGAAAUUCCCAAAUUCUGAUGAUUUACGUAUUAAGUUUGAACAUCGCCGGAAACUUUGUAAGAUUGCUUGCUCUGACCAUCCUUGUUUCCAGAUCUGUUAAGCGCCACGUAGAUCGCCAUUGCAAUUCGGCGAGAAAAUACGCCGGGAGCUAACUAAACCUGACGCCACUUUAGUUGUUCUGAUGGGAUCGGACCGUGCUAACCUGUCACAGCGUAGAGUACAAAACUUAAGAAAGGACAAUAGAUUUGUUCUUUGUAUCGGCCGUCAAGGGAUAAGUCCAACUGAAAAGAAAAUAUUUCGGAAAGCUCAGGAAAAUGACCCGACGCGUCCACACGAGUUUUUCGCCGUCCCAACUGAAAUAAAUGAUAUAAGUUCCUCCAGGAUUCGUCAGAAAUUGUGGCAGAUCAUAGUAUGUAGCUCUCAAUCUACAGACGAUUUAGAAAUCACUGAGCGUGGCUGGAUCACAUUGGAAGAAGGGUUAUAUGUUCUUCAAAAUACAAAUGAUAUGUAUUUUUAAAAAUAAUUCUGAUACAGUCAACCCUGUGCAAAGGAAAGGUCACUAUCAUAAAACCUGCCUAUAAAUGACGCUAUUUUCUCUUCCCAAUUACCAUGAAUAGAUUUUAUCUACCUGCAUUAAGAGACCACCUGUCAAAAAAGACCAUUUGUUUCUUUUCCCAUUGGUGGUCUUUAUUGAAAGUUUUGACUGUUGUUUUUAAUUUGUUUUUGCUGACUUUUUCGUUAGGAAUAACAUAACGUGUAUUUAGGAACACUCGUAUUGUAUAUGUAACAACUUGUACAAUUUAUACACAAAUAUAUAUGAUUAACCAUAAGUAUUCUGUUUAACUAAGUAUUAUGUCUUUAUUAAUACAAUAAACUUCAUUAGAACAAAGUCGCCGGGUUUGAUUAGGUCGCUUACUUGAUUGUCUGUGUUUUGAAACUAGGAUUAGGAUGUACAGCUCAUUCAUGUGUGGAAGCUGUCCAAAUGGCAUUUGUUCGGAAGGACGAUACUCGAGUUAGGUGUCCGUCCGUGGCACCGUGUCUGAAAUAUUAUUUAGGGGAUUGCAGAAUAUUAGCAUUUAGAUACAAUUUAAUAGAUUUUCAUAUAAAUAUUCAUUGGAUAUUUUGUGUAUAAAGUGUUUCACAACGUAUACAACAAACUUGAUAACACAGCAAUAGAUACAUCGUACAUUUCAGUUACUACCAAUAUAAUGUAACUACAUGUAUACCUUAACCAUUGUUGAAUAAACGAUUGUUAGCAUU